CGCAGAACUAGUCGUUCAUUCGCCUGGCUGGCUGGCGUAGCUCAUCCGAAUUGUAGUUCUGUCGUUGAGUCGGUGCUACGGACUUUCUCAGGUAAUCAAGUCAAUUUUUUUUUUAAAAUUAUGUUGGUCAAAUUAAAAAGGAGGAAUUCUUUACUUUAAGGGUUUUUAAAUAUUAUUAUAUGCGACGCUAAUACAACUUUUAAAGUGUUUUAAAUUAAUAAUAUAAAAAUGAUAGAAUAUAUAAUUUGUUCCAAUAUUUUUAAACACGAUAUUAAUUGCACCCGAAGACCAUGAAUGUCUUGUGUGGAGCUAUUUAAAAAAAACAAAAAACAACAUAUCUUGAAAUUUAAAUUAAGGAAAUAGGAAUUCUUAACUUGACAAAUGUAAUUAUAACCAAAGGCGUUAAAAAUUAUAGGGUAUUUGUGAAUCAUCUUCAUCUAUAUCUUAAGGGCCCACGAUCAAUUUAUUGAUCAUUUUGGCUCCUAUGCAUGUAGAUGGGAUUUGCAAUGUUUCUGUUACUGGUGUUGAUGAGGAAAUCAUGCACUAGGGGUUUGAAGGCUUGAGGUAAUAGACACAAAUGUUGAGAUGUAAGAUAACUUUAAGCUCAACACCAUUGGUUUAAAAUAAAUAUUCCUUACUGAUAAUAUAAAUUCUUUCAUUAUAGUUCUGUGUAUCGAAAUAAAAAAAAAAAAACAUUUCUCUUACACAACCAUGUGUAAAUAGUUUUAGCUAAGUUAUAAUGUACGAGCCAAAAUUCAUUAAAAACUUUUUCUACAAAAGUUUAUUUAGAUUCACAUUUCUAAUCCUCAGAACAUUAAAGUUUGAUUUUGACUCUUUCUACUCAUCUAUCAAAUGUCUACAUCAAAUGUAUUAAAAUGUAUUUGCAGUUCACCAGGCACAUCUGUGACAAGGUAAAUGAUGUGCAUAUUCCUUUCAUCACUGCUGGUCAUUGUGUGCACCUUGACCACUGUGACGUGUGAUGUCGAGUGGACUACACCAGCGCGAUCGGAAUGGUCCUUUGAAUGCCCCAAUGGACGGAGCUUAAAAUUACUCCAGUCUGCAAGAGAUGUCGCCAACAAUGACAGACUGUGGACCUUCGGGUGUGGUGGGAACGACUCCAAGAUCACCAACGUCACCUGUGAAUGGAGCGCCUACGCCAAUGACUUCGGCCAGACGUUCAACUACCAGUGUCCUAACGAUGGCGUCAUUACAGGUAUACGUUAUUUAUGUAUUUACACUUGCCUAGACUUUCCAACAUUAAACUAAGAUUAUCGACACAUAUUAAAUUAUCAAAAAAUUUUAAUGUUUUUCCUAUAAUAUAUUUUCCACUAAGUACACUGUACGCAAAUCUGAUUUUGUAACAUGUUCAUGACCGACGGGCUAGACACACUCUGCUUAUAAGACAACACGAUUUAAAAAAAAAAAAUUCUACAAUCCAGGAAUGGCUUCUUAUUACGCUGGUACCGACAGAAGAUAUCAGUUUCUCUGUUGUUUUCCCACCGGAUACAUUGCCCACGCUUGUGUCUUCACGCCCAACAUCAACGCCCUUGGAGAGUUCAUGAACUAUCGUCGGCCGGAUUACUGGUACAUCCGUGGUUACAGCAGCAGUGAGUCCCUAUAUCAUCAGCAAUUCGGGAUGUAUGACCGUAUGUUCACCCUCAACAUCUGCAAGCUGGACAAGCUCGUCCCUUCUAAAUGCUGACCCUGACAUUCUCUUCAAACAUGUGCUGUGUAGAUAAUUAAUUGAUGGUUUUGUUUUAAGUAUAUUUUAUUAUUUUGAUUUCAAUGGUAUAAUUUUGAAAUGAAUUGGAACAAAUUUUUUAAAGGAGACUUCAUAAAAUUAAAAUUUGGCCGCUAGAAAGGAGAUGGUAUACUUCAGGUUUAAUAAUCAUUAUCUGUUAUUGUCGAGAAUGUAUCCAAAAUUAUUUUUAUAUUAAAAUCUUUUUAAAAUAUAAUUUUUAUAUUUCGCUACGAAGAAUAUUGUCUUGAAAGCACGCUUUUGGGGAGCUGUUUUGGGGCUAUUAUAGAGCUUUUUGGGGCUGUUUUAGAGCUGUUUGGGGCUGUUUAGGGGCUGUUUUAGGGCUGUUUGGGACUGUUUUAGAGCUUUUUAGGGGCUGUUUUAGAGCUUUUUGGGGGCUGUUUGGGGGCUGUUUAAGAGCUGUUUGGGGACUGUUUUUGAAAGAGAUGCACCUUUGUUUGCCUCAACGUGGCCUAUCUUCUAUUGGUUUCGGAAUUGAAAUUUAACACUUAAAUUUAAAAAAAAAACUGGGUUAUAAAUGAUAUAAUCAAACCCAUGUAUUAUGCACAUUCUUUACCAUGGGAAAGCCAUUGCGGGACCAUAAUGCUGAAAAGACUGUGCACUUUUGUUCCACAGCCACCGAAGACAUUGUUCCUGCAAUUCAAGUGGCACUACAAAUAAAAUGUUGACUUUUUGGCAACGAGUUUAAGUUCAUUUUUGUUUGACCAUGUUGAUUUCAUAUCUCUUUAGAAGGAUUCAAGAAGCAACACGGUCAUUUGGAAAAAAACUAUAAAUUAUAGUCAUUUUAUUUAAUUCUUUGUCUAUAUCGGAAUCAUGAAACAGAAAACCAAGACUUGAAUUUCUUAACGCUGCCAUGACAUUUUCUCUCUGUUAAGAAAUGCUUAACGCCGUCUUGACAUUUUCACCUUGUUAAUAAAUACUUGACGCUGUCGUGAUAUUUUCACCUUGUUAAUAAAUGCUUGACGCUGUUGUGACAUCUUCACAUUGUUAAUAACCCCUUAACGCUGUCCUGUUCCCAAAGCAAAUGAGCCAACUGAUACAAAAUUGACAUACUUGAAGAAUACAAUGUGGCGAUCAAUCUGCCAAUCAGCACAUUUGAUGGGCUAUGUAAUUAUUUUCAACAUGCAACAAAAUAGCUUAAGUUGAGCAAUUGUUUAUCUGUUGCAUUAUUGACUUCUUACAUAUUAAUAAAAUUACCUUUCAAUGGUAGGAACUAAAAGAUGGACAAAGCGAAUAGAUCUUAAAAUAAUACUUGAAAUUUGACAUCAUUUAUUAAGUGUCACGUAAAUGACAUUGAAUACCAGGCAAAUGGGGAAGAAAGAAAUAAGGGCAGGUACAUUUUCCCCCCAUAACGACGAAAAGCAAAGAGAGGUAGCGGCCAGGCGACACAAUGUGGAUUUUGCGUUACGAAUUAGACUUACCAAAUCUUGUAAUUAAUUUUUAUAUCUCUGCAAUCAGUUUCCGUCUAACACCAGCACACCAGUAACUACAUUAUCCGAUAUUUUAUUGUUGUUACCUGUUACGCACCAUUGUCAGCAGGGAGAAAUCAAUCUCCUAUUUACAUUUAUAGCUCGUUCCAAAACAGUACAUAGCGAAAGACGAUACCAAAUGAUAAAAAGAAUAACAGAGAAAUACGAUACUCGAAGCAGAGCUAAUUGCAAUAAUUACAUUUUAUUAAGUUAAUAAUAGAG